CCUGGCACUGGCACUCUGGCAGUAGCUGCUGAGGUCAGGAUGUCGGUGCGGUGUGUAUCGUGGUUGCUGCUAGUUAGCGGGGUAUUGGCCAGCGUACUGAGCGGAGUCUCGGCGGAUGGGAAUGGGCUACCGAGCAAGAAGCUGAGGAUGCAAUACACGGCCGGCCCGCUGCUCAAGUUCCAGAUAUGCAUCUCCUGAGGUUAUCGGCGGGUGUUUGAGGAGUACAUGCGGGUUAUAAGCCAGCGGUACCCAGACAUCCGCAUCGAAGCAGAAAAUUAUCUUCCUCACCCAAUUUAUAGACACCUUGCAUCGUUCCUGUCUAUCUUCAAGCUAGUAUUAAUAGGAUUCAUAAUUGUUGGAAAGGACCCAUUUGCUUUUUUUGGCAUGCAAGCUCCAAGUUUUUGGCAAUGGGGACAAGAAAAUAAGGUCUAUGCCUGCAUGAUGGUUUUCUUCCUGAGCAACAUGAUCGAGAACCAGUGCAUGUCCACAGGAGCCUUCGAGAUCACUUUGAAUGAUGUUCCUGUGUGGUCCAAGCUAGAAUCUGGACAUAUCCCAUCCGUGCAGCAACUUGUCCAAAUAAUUGACAACGAGAUGAAGUUAAAUGUUCACAUGGAUGCGAUUCCUCAUCAUCACCGUUCCUAGCCACAUUUUCCAGCACCAGAUUUAUUUUGCAUGAUGUGGACUUUUAACAAGGUGUCAGCGGGGCUGGUGUUUAUGAAGGCCUGUUCUGAAGACAGUCCCUGUUAGUGCAGGCUGGAUGUCCCUCUGCCGUCUCGUUGUGCCUUUUGAAGUCCUAAAUGCAAGAUUUUCUGUGUGCUGCCCCCUUGUGGAAUUUUACAGACAGUGCAAUGAUAUACUGUGUAGUCUCAUCCCAGAUUUUAUUUUUAAGCCAUCCUACUGUUCCAUACUUCACAUAAUGCUGGCAUUAAAAUGAAUCUUUUUUUAUUCAUAAUUUACAGUGUUUAGAUUAUUGUAAUUUAUGUUUCCACCUGAGACAUUUUUUGUCUAUGAUAUCUAAUUUUUAUAAGAAUCUGUUCUUUUUAUAGUUUAAAGUGAUGCUCUGACUAAAUGACUCAAAUGUCCCACAGCAGUUAGCACUAAAUGUUUAUUUCUCAAUGUUCUACUGAUAAAAUUAUAUUGCAGAUCACUAAGUUAUUCUAAAUUAUAAA